AUGGAAAUUUUAAGUUUACCCAGUAAAUGUGCUGAACAAGCUGAAGAAUUUGUACGUAAAGUUUGGGAAGCUGGUUGGCGUGUAGUUCAUCAUCAUUCAUUACCUACAUGGUUAAAAGAUAAUGACUUUUUGUUACGUGGACAUAGACCACCAACUUACUCUUUCUUAGCUUGUUUUAAAUCUAUCUUCUCAAUACAUACUGAAACAGGCAAUAUUUGGACACAUCUAUUAGGUAUGAUUGCAUUCAUAGGAAUCGCAACAUAUUUUCUCACAAGACCAACAAUUGAAAUUCAGUGGCAAGAAAAGGCAGUGUUCUCAGCUUUUUUUGCAGGCGCCAUUUUGUGUAUGACCUUUUCCUGGAUUUUCCAUACAGUAUUUUGUCAUUCAGAAAAAGUUGGAAAAUUAUUUAAUAAAUUAGAUUAUUGUGGUAUAGCUUUAUUGACGAUGGGAUCAUUUGUACCAUGGUUAUAUUAUAGUUUCUAUUGUCGACUGGGACCUAAAGUGGUGUAUUUAGUAUUGAUAUUUGUACUAGGUACUGCUUGUAUCAUUGUUUCUAUGUGGGAUAAGUUUGCAGAACCUGAAUUCAGAGCUGUUCGAGCAGGAGUAUUUAUAGCACUUGGUUUAAGUGGUGUCAUUCCUGCAAUGCAUUAUGUCAUAACAGACGGAUUUCACCAUGCAAUAGAUGAUGCAGCGCUAGGAUGGUUAGUCUUGAUGGCCGUUCUGUAUAUAACUGGAGCUCUAAUUUAUGCUUUCCGAAUUCCAGAAAGACUCUUCCCAGGAAAAUUUGAUAUUUGGUUCCAGAGUCAUACAAUAUUCCAUGUGUUUGUGUUAGCAGCAGCCUUUGUUCAUUAUCACGGUAUAUCAGAAAUAGCUCAUUAUAGAUUAACAUUAGGUGAUUGUCUGGAGUCGGAAACACAAUAA